ACCACGCACAUCUCCUCCCGCAAACGCGCGCCGCUUCAACAUGGGCGUCCCCUUCGACCACGCACCGGAAAGGCCGGAGCACAUUGAUGCCAUCCUCAACGGCCUCGACAGGUACAACCCGGAGACGACGGGCGUGUUCCAGGACUAUGUGAUGCAGCAGUGCGAGAACCAGACGUACGACUGCUACGCCAACCUGGCGCUACUGAAGCUGUACCAGUUCAACCCGCACCUGACGCGGGACGAGACGAUCACCAACAUCCUGGUGAAGUCUUUGACGGUGUUCCCGGGGGCCGACUUCAGCCUGUGCCUCUCGCUGCUGCCGCCACACAUCCUGUCGCCGCUGAACAGCACGUCGGCGGCAAACCCCGCAGCCGGGGACCCGGCGCUGAGCGAGGCGGUGCAGAAGCUCAACGUGCUGAACAACCUGCUGGGCAGCGCCGACUACGCGGGCUUCUGGGCGACGCUGGACAGCGACGACCUGUACGCGGACCUGAUCGCCGAUGUGGCCAACUUCGAGGAGAUCAUGUGCGUGCGCAUUGCGGUGACGGUGUCGCAGGCCGUGCGCGAGAUCGAGCGCUCCAUCCUCGAGGCGUGGCUGAACAAGCGCGGCCAGGAGUUCGAGCAGUUCGUCACGGGCGUGUGUGGCUGGGCUGUCGACGGCAACGUCGUCAAGGUGCCGCUGAACAAGGAGAACGAGGCCAAGGGCACCGUCGUGAGGGAGAAUGUCAAGUUCGACCAGUUCUCCCGCCUGAUCAAGCGGGCCUACGAGCAGCCCGCGUAAGCUUGCAACGAUGACCCACCCAUGUCGUCGACUUUAAUUCCCUCAUCACGCAUUCCCCAACGACGAUGAUGCUGACGACGAUGACUCUUGCGGCGAGAACCUAAGCAGCCACCACACCUAGGCAUGGCAUGGCAAGGCAUGGGAGGUAUGAAAAGGGAAGGGAAGGGAGGAGAGCUAAAGGGGGCAAACGGCGUUACGAGGAGCACUUCACGGACGGGCCUAACUGAAUUGAUUUUUGCAGAGCGAGCGAGAGAGAGAGAGAGAGAGAGAG